AUGGAAUAUGUGAACGGCGGUGACUUAAUGUUUCAAAUUCAACGAGCGCGUAAAUUUGAUGAGCCGCGGGCUCGCUUCUAUGCAGCCGAAGUUACAUGUGCACUGCAGUUUCUGCAUCGUAAUGCUGUUAUCUAUCGCCAGGCGUUGUAUGCAGCGGGUAAACCGGUCAUCGAGGGACUGCUCCAGAACGGGGAUUGCUUGUGUUACCUGAAUCUUUCUGGAAAAAUACCAUGA